CGUCACUACACUGGGACGGGCGCCUGCUUUGCCCUUGCGUUGAGAAUUAAUGCCGUUUCGGUUUUAUUAGACAGUCUUUAGGUUUAUUAAGCUCGACAUUUUUCCAGCGCAGUCAUGUCUCUCGCUGCAGAGGCGUUCGUCUCUCAGAUUGCAGCUGCUGAGCCAUGGCCUGAAAGUGCCACUUUGUACCAGCCUCUUAAGGAAGAUCAAAUCUUGCUGUCAGAUUCUGCAUCAUCUCUGGCAGUCCAGACAUUCCUGAGGAUGUGUGGCCUGCCAAUACAGGUGACCUGCCGACCCAAUGCUGAAUACAUGUCACCAUCAGGAAAGGUUCCUUUUAUCCACGUUGGAAAUCAAGUUGUGUCUGAAUUGGGGCCGAUCGUGCAGUUUGCAAAAGCAAAGGGUAAUUCACUGAGUGACGGCUUGGAUGAUGUCCAGAGGGCGGAGAUGAAGGCUUACAUGGAGUUAGUGAACAACAUGCUUUUGACCGCAGAGUUGUAUAUCCAAUGGUGUGACGAUUCCACUGCUUCAGAGAUCUCCAGGCCUCGCUACAGUAGUCCAUACGCUUGGCCUCUCAAUCACGUCCUGGCCUAUCAGAAGCAGUGGGAGGUCCGGAAGAAGAUGAAUGCGAUCGGAUGGGCCAGAAAGAAUCUGGAGCAGGUGUAUGAAGAUGUGAGUCAGUGUUGUCAGGCUUUGUCUCAGCGGUUGGGAACUCAGCCCUACUUUUUCAACAAACAGCCGACUGAACUGGACGCUCUAGUGUUCGGUCAUCUCUUCACCAUACUCACCACACAGCUCGCCAGCGAUGAUCUGGCAGAGAAGGUUAAAGCCUACAGCAACCUGUUAUCUUUCUGUCACCGUAUUGAACAGACUUACUUCAAAGAGCACGAUCGAGAGUCCUCCGGGUCCUCGCGCCACUCCAAAGGCUCGCUCCCCUGAGCACCGCCCAUUUCCCCGACUUUACUCCCUCCUUUGAUUGGUCACACCAAAAUGAUUGACAGCUUAGUUAUCUUAUGUGAAGGAAAAAUCUUGAUACUUUUGUGAAGAUGUAUAUAUCUAGAUCUGUUAGAGGGAGGAGUGGCAAUUGAACAAAAAAGUGUUCCUAACAUAUUUCCAAAAAUCCACAUAUGCCCGGUCGGAAUGCCAUCACAGGAUUUAGCCUGCCGGCACACUACAAACUGUUUAAUUUGUGUAUAGGAAUUCAUCUGAUGUAAACCUUUUUCCAAUGUGUAAUGCUCAUGUGUGAUUGAAUCUGUAAAUGGAAAGUGCCUAAAAAUAUAAUAAAUUUAAACACUUAAAUUUAAA